AUGGCUUCAAAGUUCCUUAGAGAGUACAAGCUAGUUGUUGUCGGUGGUGGUGGUGUCGGAAAGUCAUGCUUAACAAUCCAACUGAUUCAGAGUCACUUCGUCGAUGAAUACGACCCAACAAUUGAAGACUCCUACCGGAAGCAGUGUGUCAUCGACGAUGAGGUCGCUUUGUUGGAUGUCUUAGAUACUGCCGGGCAGGAGGAGUACUCGGCGAUGCGUGAACAAUACAUGCGGACUGGCGAAGGCUUCCUCCUGGUCUACUCGAUUACGUCUCGGCAGUCCUUUGAAGAGAUUAUGACUUUCCAACAACAAAUCCUGCGUGUGAAAGACAAGGAUUACUUCCCUAUUAUCGUGGUCGGUAACAAGUGCGAUUUGGAGAAGGAACGAGCCGUCUCUCAACAAGAGGGCGAGGCUCUGGCCAGGCAAUUCGGUUGCAAGUUCAUUGAAACGUCGGCAAAAUCCCGCAUCAACGUUGAGAACGCUUUCUAUGACCUCGUGCGCGAAAUUCGUCGUUACAACAAGGAGAUGUCGUCAUAUCCGUCCGGUUCUGGUGCCGCAGGCACCCGUGCCCCUGAAGGCAAGAUGGAUGUGAGCGAGCCCGGCGACAACGCUGGCUGCUGUGGAAAAUGCGUUAUUAUGUAA